GCGCACAUCCCCCGCCGAUCCCCCAUGCAACACGACCACCCCCGUCUCCCUAUAUGUCUCUACCACCACCUCACCCUCUGAUGUCUCGUCGUUCACCGCGUCCUCCACCCAUGCCUGUCCCGCAAAUUGUUUCAACGUCAUUCAAUGUCCAACCGUCAUCCAGAAAUAAUCAUACUGAUGCACAUGCUCACACUCAAGUUCAUUCUCACAGACACGGACAUCACCAACAUUCUCAUUCGACUUCUGCCAUACCUAAGACUGUUCGUCGCACCACCUCACAGCAGCUCCGUUUCGCGCCACCCAUCCAGCCUUCGUCCCAUUCACUUCGGCACGCAAGCAGUUCGCAAAAUUUGCACCGCUCACGUUCUUCACAACAUCUACGUCCGCCAACGCCUCACUCGGGUCCCUCAGGUAAUGGUCAACGAUCGCGCGUAAACUCAGCAAAUAGCGCGCAUAGGCCUACCGCUCAUCCUCAGCAGCAGGUGCAGCCACAUGUUCACCAACAGGUCGUGCAUCAUAACGGUCAUGUUCAUUUCCAAUAUUCGAAGUGCACCGGGCGGAAGAAAGCACUUUGCAUCGGAAUCAACUAUCAAGGUCAACGACGCGAGCUUCGGGGCUGUAUCAAUGAUGCGCACAAUGUGAAACGGUUUUUAACAUCCAAUUGGGGCUACAAAAACGGCGAUAUUGUAAUGUUGGUUGAUGACACCGAAAAUUCGAGGCAAAUGCCAACAAAGAAAAACAUUCUGGAUGCGAUGCGUUGGCUUGUGAAGGACGCCCAUCCUCAUGAUGCACUGUUUUUCCACUACUCGGGCCACGGGGGACAGGUCCCAGACAAGGAUGGGGAUGAAGUUGAUGGACUUGAUGAAGUUAUAUACCCUGUCGACUACAAGAAGGCCGGAUUCAUUGUUGAUGACGAAAUGCACCGCAUAAUGGUCAAAUCAUUGCCAGCAGGCUGUCGUUUGACUGCUAUCUUUGACUCUUGUCACUCAGGAACAGCACUAGACUUGCCAUACAUCUAUCAUUCGAAUGGACGCCUCAAGGGAACCCAUAUAACUCAACGGGCUCAAGUAGAGAAAGCCACAAAUGCCGACGUGAUAUCAUUCUCUGGCUGUCGUGAUGAUCAAACCAGUGCCGAUACAACACAGGGUGGUAUGGCUGUUGGGGCUAUGAGCUACGCCUUUGUUAAGUCUUUAUCAAGGAAUCCAGUACAAAGUUACCAAGAACUGCUCAAGUCUGUUAGGGAAAUUUUGAAGCAGCAUUAUCAACAGAAACCGCAACUGUCGAGCUCGCAUCCCAUUGAUACUAGUCUACGUUUCAUCCUCUAGCGUGACGAUUUUGAGUAUUUUAUUAUUAUGCUGCGGUGCUCAUAUUUUUUGUAUCAUAUUAAUCGACUUAGUGUUCUAUGUAUGAGACUAGUAUUUAUGUUGUUUCUCGUUGACGAGACAUGUAUGUCUAGUUCCGGGCGGUGAAAACGCACCGAGGUACUUUCGAAUUAGCCUUUCUCAUGCUCCGCAUCAAUAUAUUUUCACCCACUCGUGUCC